UCAGGCGGUGUUUAGUUUAUCUAUUAAAAAAUUGUUAUCACACGUAAAUCCAGGUUAAUAAUAUUUCUAUACUAAUGGAAUUACAUAGACUCAUUGCUGAUGUAUAACCUUCCGUAACUACCUAAUGUGAAUGGUUGUCUACACCAAUAUGGUAGUCUAAGGUAACACCUCAAGAACCAUUAGCUUUGGUAUUGUAUCUAGCAAUUCGCCAUGGAUGUCUGCAUCAAGGGCAGGCGAUGCAACCUCGGCAGGCUCGUUGAGGCUAUGCUGGUGGGUAGCACUUUGCUAAUAGGUCUGGAUCAAUUCGAGCUACUCGCCAUCUCCCGUCCUCAUGAAGUGGGAUUGCUGUAUACCUAUUACCUCGGGACUGUUAUAAUGACACUGUGCCUUGCACUAAGCAAAGGGGCGUAUAUCCGUCAAUGCGUGAUUGAAAGCUUGUUUUGCCACGUGUUUGCCACGGUUGUGUUAUACGGUUCAAUGUACCUGCCCGAUGGCUAUCUCGUGGUACGCAUCCUGGUGACGAUGGCAACUGCCAACCUUGGUACCGUACUAGGGUUACAGCUGCUGGCGACCUACUCGAGCAACGUGACGUUGUUCCUGGCACUGCUCGCUAGCUUCUACUUGGGAUUCAGGUUGCCCAAUAUGUGCCGUGCCCUGGAUAUAUCUACACUUGGCAUGUACGGGAUGUUCCUGAAGGAGACACCCGCACAGCCACUGUUAUAUGCAAAGAUAAUAGCGUGCGUCACUGUAGUGGCUAUACGUUACAAUGCGGGUUUUAUUAAGGGCAAGCUUCUAGACAACCUGUGGCUGAACUACCGGGUUUACCUGAAGGUAAAUACUCUCAGUAACCCUUUCAGGCGCCUGUAUCGUGAUAUAAGAAAGAAUACACUCAUGUGGUCCUGCCUUGCUAAUCUAGCGGGUUUGACCUUGCUUCUGGUAACGCUGCCACCGCAUAUGAUACUGCACCAGUCGCCUUUAUCCACAUCAUGGAUCUCAUGGCUAGAGACCUAUGAGUUGUGGUCCCAGUUUAUAGGGUUGGGUGUCGGUAUAUUCCUACCGCUGCCAAUUCGCAAUUUAACGUGGAUCACAGUUAUACUGUUUGCCACGUUCCUGCUAUAUAUCAUCCAUGUCCUGGUUUUUGCAUACUUCAAUCGGUACCUAUGGAUUACCAUGGACUAUGUAACUCCAUCUUGCGUUAUAUUGUCGUUUAUUGCUGGGUAUACCCUUUCUUUCGUAGCACGCCGCAUGGCGGCCAUGUUCUUCGUGCGCACAUGUCUUAAACAUGGCGACAGUGGCACGAAGCCUUGUUGUAACUCUCUGAACCAGGGUAAAUGCUUCUGCAUUGAGCAGGUAGGAUACCAUAAAUGCGAACCGCGUGGUGGCGCUGGCAACCAGAGCUUAAACCCACCUGGAACAAACCAUGUUAUAUGGUUAACACGAGAUGAAAGUAGCUGUGUAACAAAGUGCGUACCCUUGCGGUGUAGGUGUGAUAAAGCGAAUCCAACACCAGACUGCAAUACAUGCAAAAACCAUGAAAAAACUAAACUAAAGUGCAAGACUCAAGAGAAGGAAGCAACUAAACAUAAGGACUGCUGCUGCAAUAUCGACAAACUGUUAUCAGGUAAACGACCGCCCCGUGAGUGUGACAAACCGAAUUGCAUCACUGGUGGAAUAACAGUGAUACAAACGUCGACACCCAGGAUUGAGCCCAAGCCACCAAUGUCGAAUGUAUAUCAAUGCCGGUGCAACCCCAAUGGAGAGGGGGCAUUAACUGCACUUUGCGAAAGGUGUACAAAGUACACAGCCAAAGAUCGCAGGUGCUACGAAUGGAUCGCUUCAACUCAAUCGCAGCAUUAUAUGCUAAAGGAUGCCCAUGCUUCCACGUGCUCGGACUGUGAUCUGACACUGAUUCUAAGGGCGACACCCAUAGGAUACCGAGGCAAUGUUAACUGCUUGCCUAUGCCAUCUGAAAUCAAGCUUAGCAGGGGCUGGGCUAGUUGGAAUACAGAUACAGAUCGAGUGUACCUUGGAUACAUAGAUUCCAAGUGCCCAGCAUGCUCACUUGUGGAAGUACGCCCACGAUGCUUUAUCAAAGAGAAUAUAAUGACAAUGAAUUCCACCUACCCAAACCACUUUACCAUAGAGGAUACAUACAUGGGAUCAUGCUGCCACGACGGCUUAAUGCUUAAGAUUGUAUGCCGAAAACGAGAUAUGUACCCCAAUCUACAUUGCAGACUGUACCCAAAUAAGCGUUACACAGUUAAAUAUGUGUACUUCACCUCGGCUGCAGUGAUGAAGGAGGAGUUAGCUGAGCUGGAAAAGGAAAAGGGUGGCAGUGCACCCACUGAGGCUGCUUCUAAAGCUGCUGACGGUAAAUCUAGUACCAGUGAGAAACAAACUGGAUCGCCAAGAGAAAAGGGUAACAAGGGAGAUAAGUCGCCCAAAGAUAAAGGUCAAUCGUCACCAGAUAAAAAGAAAAAGAAAAAGAAGGAGAAGGAAGAUAAGUCAAAAAAACCUAAGGACAAACUAGCAGAUCAAUCACAAGGUAAAGAUACACCGACAGCUCCAUCACCAGCGAAAGUUGCACAAGCAACUCCAUCGCCAAGAGCUAAAGAUGCAGCGUCAGCUAAAGCUACACCGACAGCUCCAUCUUCAAAAGGUAAAGGUACAACACCAGCGACAGGCACACAGGCAGCUCCAUCACUACCAACUAAAGCUACACCGACAACUCCAUCACCAGCUAAAGGUAAACCGACAACUUCACAACCUAGAAACGCAGUGUUAAGUCUGUUGAGACAAGCUUUAGGUACACCUGCAUAUCCGUCGCCACGAUCAAGAAACAGACUUAUGGAAUUGUAUGAUGAAUUAAAUCCGGAGAAGGAUAAUCCACUUAAAUUCAGUGGAUUGUCAUCGUUAGCAUCACGAUUCAGCCAGAGAUUUCCACGUAGAUAUUUGGUGGAUAAUAAAUUGCCACCGACACAGGAUGACGAUCCAACUCAAACAUCUGAUAAGCAGCCUCCAGUUAAGCUUAACCCUCUAGAUUUGGAAGAUUUCAACAGGUGUUGCUUCAGUAUCGCCACCAGGGUUUUUGCAUAUUACCAUGAAGUAGAUGGCGAUAAAAACCCGCGGAUAUGCGUUGAUCAGGAGAUAAAAUGUCAAUGUGGCUCGGAUUGUAGACCUGGGUGUUGCAUCAGGGUUAACGUAACCAGCGAAGCACAGGAAAAGGCAAAUAUAGAUCGCAAGCGCUUUGUAGUAGCAGCUAAUUUCGGCUUAAUAUACAUGAUAAUACUGGCAUUAUGUGCACUGGUGGAGGUGGUGUAUAGACGACCUGGUUUAACAGCUGGGUAUAACCUAAGAAUGGACCUUGAGACACUCAAGAAGGAAGUUACAUACAUGGGUUGGGAACGACCAAUUAACCUGUGGCUAUACACAGCAACACCGGAAUCUGUAUUGGAAAUGGAUCCCAGUAUUAACAAACGAACGGAAAAGGCACGAGAUAUGUUGGGGACUAUAUUGCCAUACAAACUGCAGAAAUUCGAGCAUUGGGCCCAGGAGACCGCUGCCACGGAAUUUGCUCAUUACAACGAGCCCGGAGACCACCGGUUAGAUGCAGUGAAGGUAGCAAUGCUAGAGAGUGCUGUCAUACAGACACUGAGGUACAAGGCCAAAGGUAUUAAACAAUACCUGUCCAAAUGGGAACAAAGAUGGAACAAGGAAUUGUCACAUUACCACAGGACAUUUAUAGGAAAUAUGAAAAAACAAGCUUUCAAAUCACGAGCAGCACAAAUAGCAAUGUUCGAUCCCUUUAUUACAGCCACAGAAGCCAGUAAGCUGCACCAAUACAGAGUUGAUAGCUGGAAUGAAUUAACAGAAGAAGUGAGGAUGUCACAACUUAUACGCAGGCAAGAGACUGAGAUAAAUGAUAUUGAUAUGGAAAACAAAGAUAUACUGCAAAAUGUAAGACAAAUGUUACAGAAGGUCUGGAAAAAACGAAUGCAACACCUGUUGCGCUGGAAGGCAGCUAACCGAUGGCUCUACGAAUGGUCAGGGUUCAUAAAAGGAUUCUACGAACUAGAAGACAUGUGGUCGUACCACGAUAGUAUAGACUGGCUCCAUUAUGAAUCACAAAUAAGAGGUGUGUAAGCAUUAAAAUGCCUCACAUCACGCGGCACAACGUGUCUAAUAAUCGCUAUAUGCCACAAU